AUGGCAGUGUACACCUGGCAAGACAUCUCUCACCUCUGUAUCUCAAAGCUGGAACUGGUCAAUGUUCUUAGGCAAAUGGGCCAACAGGUCAAGUGGCCUCAGAAGAUGAAAGUACCCGACUCUUUCCGGAACCCUGGUCUUUGGUACGACUUCCACCACGACCACGGUCAUAAAAUGGAGGACUGCGUCCCACUAAGGAUCGAGGUCAACGAGCUACUCAAGAAAGGACACCUCUGGGAGUUCCUUUCCGUGAAGGCCAAGAGCCAUCUAAGCAAAGAGACAUCCGGGAAGCCCACUCAAGUUUUUCCCACCUCGCCACCUCGGCAGGACCGAGUAAUCCACGUCAUAUCAGGAGGCUCGGAAAUCUGCGGCAUAAGCCACGCGGCCGCGAAGAAAAGAACCUGGAAAGCCAAGCACAGCCUAGAGACGGCCAAGCCAAAACGCAUGAUCCUGGGUACUGACGAAAUAAACUUCAUAGCUAAGGAGCAAGAGAAGGUAGACAAUGGGAGCUCCGACAAUAUCAUCUUCCAACCCGCAUAUCCGGAUCUAGGGCUGGAAGAAAGCGCUCUGACACGGAGAAUAACCCCACUCAUAGGAUUCAGCGGAAAAGUCAAACAGACCACGAGAGAAGUCAUCCUACCAGUGUACACAGAAGGGAUUAACAUGUCAACCAAGUUCCUCGUCGUUGACUGCAAGUCAUCUUACCACAUGAUCCUGGGACGGCUCUGGAUUCAUGACAUGGGAGCCGUCCCUUCGACUCUUCACCAGAUGGUGAAAUUCCCAACACCUUGGGGCAUAAAAGCAAUCAGAGGAGUGAUAUCACUCAAAUUACCCUAA